AGUAAACAAAAAAAAUAAAAUAAAAUAAAAGCUGGGGUGGGGAGUAGGAGGGGACAGCUUCCGUAACGUACCAGCCUUUUAUGAGAGAUUCCGCCAGGGAGGCCAAGAGAGGGAGAGAGGGAGCAGCGUGCGGGGCCGAUAGAAAUCGCCAUACCGAUUCGCGGAACAGAGCCGACUAAAACAACAAACCCUAACCCCUUAGACCUUUAAAUUGAAUGCCCCUUCCCAUCUUCUUCUCGCGCUAACCCUUCUCUCUUCUCCGUUGAUCUUCAACGGCCCCGCUGCCAUCUAAGUCUCCUCCCUCGAUCGAAUCAACCAUCGAAGCCCCAGCACGUUGUGAAUGGUGGAAAUCUUGAGUAAUUUCAUGCUCGCCUCUUCUGGUUCGGGAGCGACCGCGCGACCCCAAUCCGCGCUGUCUCUUUCAAUCGUCGCCGGCGAAUCUCUCCUCCCUCUCUCCGUCGCCUCUGCUUUCUCCUUUGCCUCCUGCAAGGAAGGCUGGUACUACCGCUGCCUCGGCCUCGACCCCUAGAGCGCUUCCUCUCCCUUUCUCGCCUCUCCCCUUCUGCCAUUUCUCCGUAAUCUCUCUCCUCGACGCACCCCCUUUGUUUUGAUUCUUGACAGAUCUUUUUUUUUUUUUUUCUGUAAUUGUUACAUUGAGAAUUGGUAUUCAUUUUUUGGAGAAGAAAGUAAGCGUUGAUUCGCUUUGUUACCGAAAAGAUGUUGCUCUAUAAGCAGAAGAAGAAUCAACAGAAUGGAAAGGGCAAUCGUCUGCUGAUCAGCAUUAAUGUUCUUGGGAGCGCCGGGCCGAUCCGGUUCGUGGUGAACGAGGAGGAGCUCGUCGCCGCCGUCAUCGACACUGCCCUCAAGUCCUACGCUCGAGAGGGUCGGCUUCCGAUUCUCGGAUCCGAUCUCAACAAUUUCCUCCUCUACUGCUCUAAUUCCGGAUCAGAAGCUUUGAGUCCUUGGGAAACAAUCGGAUCGUGUGGGGUUAGGAACUUCAUGCUGUGCAAGAAACCGCAGCCAGAGAAAGUGGCGGACAAUGGAAAAUCUACAGCGGCUAUGAAUCGGAAGGGGAAUGGGAGCUGGAAGGCAUGGAUCAACAAAUCGUUUAAUCUUAAGAUCUAUUCCCAUUAAUUUUUCUUAAUUAGUGAAAUAUGAUCGUAUCUAAUAAAGGGUCAGUUUCAUUCGUACGAUCACGGUAGAGUUUUGUUGUUUUCUAGUCUGAAUUUGGAGACUGGAAUUGUUCUCCAGGAAUAAAUUUCUUCCCUUCUAGCUUUUGCUUUGAAUUAAAGUUCAAAGUUAUGUUUGAUUUGAAUCUCCUCCGCUUGAUUUGGUACGGUGACGAAUUUUAUUUUAUUUUUUGUAAUAUUUUCUGCCUGUGUAUCAGUUAGAAUAAAUGAAUAAUAUGUAUGGUUACCAUA